CUCUUGACGGAAAACUGCUUUUGUGUUGUACUCAAGAGUCGACGGGUGUAGUCGCUCAGUUAUGUUGGAAACGAUCGGGAGUAGAGCUUAUGCGGUAAAGGUUGUUGAUGUGCUUUGGUAGUUCAUUACAAAGUUUCUCGAGUGCGUCGUCGUUCUAGCUAAAAACUUGAUUGUAACGGGUCUUUGCGUAUGGUUGCAUUUUGAAAAAUCAAAAAAUUCCAGUUUUUUGAAAAGAAAGAAAAUCACGAAGAAAACAUAGACGAAACGAAAAUAAUUUGAAAAAAUUUUGGUAAAAUUACAGAUUUGUGUAUGUAAACAGUGUAUGCAUGCCUACCGCGUAACGUGUGUGCAUUUACAUAUGUAGACAUCAAUAUAUGCACUUAUGUAUGUAAUAUAUUUAUAAUAAAAAAAAAAAUAUAAAUAUAAAUAUAAAUAAAUAUAUACGUAUAAAAAAAUAAUAAUAACUGCAGUACGUUUAACAUGCAUGAUGAUGAUGAAGGAAACUCUGUUUUCGUGAAAAAAUGUGCUUUAACUAUUCAACAUUCUUUUGUCAGACAAUUAAACAAUUAUUAUUCGAACAAACUCGAACUGAAAGAGUGAAAAAAACCGCUUGCACAGACACACACACUCGUAUGUGAUGAAUAAUGAAAAUCAAAUAAAAACGGAAAUUCAAAUUCUAUCCAAAGGACCAAAGGACUUCAUUAACAUUGAGUUUACGAUUGGAAAUUAUAUGAAAAUGGAUACUGUUUCCAAUGUCGCUUUGACGCAAUCGACAAAAUCGACGAAAUCAACGAAAGGAAAAAAUAAACAUAGAAAAUUUAGAAGUUUAACACAACGAAAAUGUAUAGUUUUAGUUUUUUUAUAUGCCAAUCUGUUUGCAUUGGCAAGCGAAAUCCUUGCGAACGAACAGAAUAGGGACACCAAUGAAAUCGAGUUCACAAAUUUAGAUGGCGCCACACAACUGCUGCAAGCGCCAGUGUUAGACGAAACUACGUCAUCGACGCCUUCGCUUAUGUCAUACACAGAACUGAAAGGUGGUGAAAUCAUCACUAACAGGAUACUCCGCUACAGCGAAAGUCCUUACACUGUACGUGAAAAUAUUAUAGUGAAUCGUGGUGCUUCGCUCACCAUUGAACCGGGCGUUUCCAUUGAAUUUGCGCCAACAGUCGGUAUAACCGUUAAUGGAAUUUUACACGCUGUGGGAACGCCAACGUUACGCAUCACAUUAAAAUCACAGACUCAUCUUAACAGUAAUCAUUUAAACUUGGCUAAUGUUGAAGAAAAAGGAUUGCGAUUAGUCGAUGGACCAACACCGUUAGAAGGACGCUUACAAGUAUAUCACAAGGGAUCCUGGCGAGCAGUCUGCACAAACUCUAAACAUUGGUCACCUGCGGAUUAUGCUGUUGCCUGCAAUCAAAUGGGUUUUAAAGGAGGCAGGUUUUGGAAUUGGGUGGAACGAAAUGCCGGCUAUGAACCAAGACUUCUCUACGAACAACCAAAGUGCACAGGCGAUGAGAAAUCUUUGCUGAAUUGUGCUUGGCAAACAAGGCAGUUGGGCUCGGGGGUUUGUGAUUACCACAGUGAUAUUGGUAUUCAGUGUAUUCCAGUAUUUAAAGAUCAACUUGGUUAUUGGCGUGGUAUAUAUUUCGAUAAUGCACCAUCUGACAAAGUCUUAGGAAAAGAUAAUACUGUUUAUACGUCUAAGUCCAAAUCAACCUUAAUGUAUGUUGAUAUAAUACAAGCAGGUGUUGGAAAUGGUUAUACGGCAAAAUCAGCAUUAGAGUCUAUUGGUCAGCCACCAAAUCUUGAACAUGUGGUUGUUAGUUAUUCUGCAUACACAGGUAUAAAUGCUACUAAACCUUCUGGCGGAUUUUCAUUUCAAAACGUCACUGUUAGACAAAGCAGUGGUAUUGGCAUAUUUGCAAACUCUAGUCAAGGCUCCGUUCACUUGAUUGGUUGUAACAUUAUUGAAAAUGCUGCUGAUGGUAUUAAAUAUGUUGGACACGAUUUAAGAGUUAGUGAACGUACUGACAGAGCUUCGAUUUACGAUUUCUGCACACUGCCCACAACAUCUGGUCAAACUUACCCCAUCUCGUUGUCAUUUAAUCAAAAAUACUAUGCAGGAUCGUCGAAAGAGUGUGAUAAAUAUUUUUUCACAAGACCUGGCUAUUUAUUAACUGUACAUUUUGAAGACUUUGUACUACAAACCAACGAAACUCUAACAGUUCAAAUAUAUGACGGUGCUUCAACUAACGACCGACUGCUCUUUGAAUGGAAAGCGCGGAAUUAUACAAGACCGCAAAGUGUUACGAGUACUAAAGAGAAGCUUUUUAUUCGUUUAGUAGCGGAAAUGCGUCAAGAAAUUAAAGGAUUUUUACGUCUUACUUCUGACUAUACCAGCGCCUUUGAUCUCAGGGUUGCUCAUUCAACAGUAGCCGAUAAUGGUGGCCGCGGUAUUGCAAUAGAUAAUAUACGCUCCAAAAUACACGUACACCAAAGUUCCGUAUCCGGAAAUGGUCAUAUAUCAGGCGUGCAUAUAACGAGUGGUGCUGGAGAUGUAAAUAUUACUCAAAGCAGUAUAAGCUUCAAUAAGGGAGAUGGUGUCAAUAUUACUUAUUAUGGUGGUAACCGAAACAUUUCCAGAAGUUCAAUUAGUUCAAAUAAGGGUCAUGGUGUGGCUGUAUGGCUUAAUCAUACAACUGACCUGAAUCGUGUCGAAUAUGUGCCAUUUAAUCAAACCACAUCAAUAGAGUACUCGAAUAUUAAUUUAAACUCCGAACAUGGCGUUCUUCAUGGCAACUACUGCAGUCCCAUGCUGGUCAAUAUCACAGCAAAUAAUUUUAAUAGCAGUUUCAAUGAUGAUAUUAAUAUAAUGUCUUGUUGGAAACAUAGUCAAGGUCUUCUGCAUUUACAAAUUGGACACAACUCUUUCGAAAACAGUCAACAGAACUCAAUUUUUAUGAGUCCGGCACUAAACGUACAUGCAAAAGUCGAAUUCAAUCAAUUUCGUUCCGGCAUGUAUGGUUCUAUUUAUAUUCGAAACAAUUUCAUAUUCGAGGAGUUCAACUUUAUGCCUGUUCAAAUUCUAAUUCAAAGUAAUUAUUUCAUGCGAAACAAAGGUGUUUAUGUGGUCUCACUAGGCCUUUCACCUUUUAGUCGUCGUGAAAUUCAAUCUCUACUAUUUACAAGAAAUUUUGUGAAGGAAAAUCGAAUCACUGAACCUUUUGGACCUUUAAUUGGCGGUAGUGAAGGUUCUGAUGGCGCUGGACGAUUAAAUCCGAGAUCUAAGGUGGCUGCAGUUAUAGUAGUUGCUUCUGGAAAUGUGGACAUUUUCAGGAAUAUACUCCAUAAUUUGGACUCCGCCUAUGAGAUUGGUUCCCAUAUAAGCGAUCAAAGCAAAAUAAUAAAUGCUACAUAUAAUUGGCUGGGGCACACUAAUGAAAACAAAAUAUAUAGCCGUUUAUUUCAUCGCAAUGAUAGAUAUAAUUUAGCUAAAAUAGAGUAUAUUCCUUAUUUGCUGCACAGUUCCAAUCCCGGCUCAACAACUAUAAUAACGACUUCAACAAUGGUUCCUCGAUUUUUCCACGAAGACUUCGGUUCAAUUGGCGGUGAAGUUGAUGGUCAAGAAAUAAUACCAGCUGGAACAUACACUGUAACUAAAGACAUAAAUAUCCGUCCCGGAGGUAAGCUCAUUCUACAACCUGGAGUCACAUUACAAUUUCACCCCAGCGUCGGUAUGAUGGUAGCUGGAAAACUUGAAGCUCGCGGACGUCAUCCUGACGACAUACUUUUUACUUUGAAGCGGGAAACAAUUAUACCUAAUGAUAAUUUGACGUCAUCCAAGGAAAUUGAUCAAUAUAAUGAUAGUGAGAACUUGAAUAUGGAUGUUAUAGACAUAGAAACGGAAUCUAUUAUACCGAAAGAAAAUGAAGAAGAAACAACACAAGUCCCAGUUAGAAUUUUAGGUGGUGCUGGUCCAUAUGAAGGACGUUUGCAAAUUUACUUGAAUGGAAAGUGGGGAACAGUGUGUGAUUAUGGUUGGACUGUCUUAAAUGCUGCUUUAGUAUGUCAUCAGUUGGGCUAUACUCUUAAUCCUCAGGAUUGGCGAUUGCUAAGAGCAGAUAUGCCAAAUGUUGGUACAACGGAAGACGUUAUAGUUACCAAUGUUCGCUGUACCGUACAUGAUCACGACAUUACCAAGUGUAGAUCCGAGCAAGUGUUCCGUGGUGAGUUCGAAAACUCAUGUACGCAUGAAAACGAUGUUGGCAUACGUUGCUAUGAAGGAGCGUGGGCGGGACUACGUUUUAGUAUGUUAGCUGAACGCGCUGACUUGCAGUACAUAACAAUUGAGAAGGCUGGGCUCUUUGAUUACACCACUAACUCAUUCAAACCUGCAGUACAGAUGGAUUUUGCCAGACAUAAUAUGGAGAACGUACGAGUUAUAAAUAAUCUUAACGAUGGUUUGGGUGUACUGUAUGCAGAUAUUUAUGGUGGAAAGUCAAUUAAUAAUAUUAAAAACUCCGAAUUUACUGGCAAUAGAGGAAGCGGGAUUAGUUUAAAACAACUUGACUUCCGAAUUCAACGAGCUACCAUUAAGAAUAAUGGAGGCAGUGGAAUACUACACGAUCCCGUCAUAUCUGCAGUAGACCAGAAUGAGUUGGGCGGUUGGUUCAAAAUGGCACGUGACUUUAACACAUUUGAAUCAAAUUAUGAUCCAUACAUUUUAUCACACAUCGAAGGCAACAUCGAAUUGGGAGCAUGGGAAUCAAAAUACAUUAGAACAGAUGAAUUGUUAGGCACAAGGACAAAUAAGAAGACAACAAUCCGCUGUCCAGCCGGUUAUGUUUUGGGCAUUCAGCUUUUGAACCCUAUAUCAGCCCUAUCAACCGAGCGCAUUUCCAUACUUGAUUCACAAACUGAAAACACCCGCAAUCAGGUUUGGGAGCUACACCGCGAUCUAACUGUGUUUCCAACAGUCAGUAGCAGUUACGGUAUUGUGAUCUACUAUGAGAGUGGCGAGAAUGCACUUGGAGGCGCUGUUUUAAUGAUAACUACUGUCAUGGCACCCAUACAAAAUAUACCUAAUAAAGUUGUGCUAGGUCCUGUGCCUUCAUUGAACGUACGUUUCACAAAAAUUUUGUCAAAUCAACGCGGUAUAUCUGCAUACUACUAUAACCGUUACAUAGGGGACAAUAACGAAUACUAUUUGAGGAAGGCGAACGAAUCGAUUAAAAUUGUCGACAGCGAGAUAAGCUACAACACAAAAGAAGCUGUGCUGAUCAAGUCACCAUUCUGGGACAUAAUUUCUAGUAACUUAUCCGAAAUUACUAUACACAUCAAUAGCUCGAUCUUAACACAAAAUGGUUAUGGUAUAAGGCAGCUGUCGAAAGAUCUACGUUCUUCGAAUAAUCUCUUCCACUACGUCAUGCAAGACACAACUAUUGAGAACAACAUGAAUGGCGGUUUCGACGUAGCGUUGCCUUAUGUUUGGCAAUACAAUGAGAACUUUACUCAUAGCAUAUAUCUUGGAAACUGCACGUGGCAACAAAACCGAAACUUCCUUACCCGAGUGACAGGGCACUAUGCUAUCUUCAACAUUACUUCGAACACAUUCGUUAAGAACAAUUGUCUACGAUCACUUAUUGCAACGGAUGGCAUGGAAAAGCGUAUAAAGUUUAAUUAUAACCGCAUUGAGGAUAACCGUGCUAAAAUUGUAAUGGAAUUUAAAGCUGAUAGCUUAAGUGAAAUACUUGGUGAUGUUCCAGCUACUAUAGAGUACAAUACGAUCAAAGGUAACCGUAUUAUGUCAAUGAACAAUAACUUUAAAAUGCUACCAAUACGUUCCAGAAUGUCAAAAGAAUGUACUCAGUGCAGAUUGCCAUUAGCUGUAAUACAUUUAGAUGGUAUACAGACAGUUCAAUUAUAUAGGAAUUUACUGGCCGACAAUCAGAUGACCUACAACCUAAUAGCCGGUGUGAGGUCUGCACGUUUAAACAACUUCGUAGUAGCAACGGAAAAUUGGUGGGGAUCAUCUGAUAUCAAAAUGAUAGAAUCAAAAAUUUUUGACUUCGAUAAUUGGAAUGAUCAUGCAGAUGUUAUAUUCCAACCGUUUCUGAUUGAGGACUCUUUUGACGCAAGUGUCUCACUAAUAUCAGAGAAAAUGGACAAUAGAAACUUAGAUGAGUUUAUUGGAGGUCGUAUUAUUAAUGAUCUUGUACUACGGAAACGGCCUAAACCAUAUCACAUAUUAUCUGAUAUUACUGUUCUGCCUGGUAUUAUAUUAACUAUACAACAUGGGGUUCAAUUGGAGUUUGAUCCCAAUGUUGGCAUACUCGUUCUAGGAACAUUGACAGCAAUUGGCUAUAAGGAGUCUCAAAUUGUAAUGAAACCAUUCAAAAAUAUUACACAUGAAUCUUACACUAUGUCAGGAAUGAACCGAAGAGCUAUUGAAGAUAUGGGUCAAAUGCAGCAAUACGAUUCAAUAAGAUUGUGUACUGAUAUACUUAAUUGUACUGGUGUAUUGGAACCAACAUCGUCCAUAAAUGAAGGCUUCUUGGAGUAUUUUAAUCAUACGACAUUGCAAUGGGUUCCUAUAUGUGAUAGUCGGUUUACGGAAAGAAAUGCCGAAGUUGUUUGUCGUGAAUUAGGCUUUGAUCCGCUAAAUGUUUAUUAUGGCCAUGAUAGGCGCAUCGAAUUUCAUACCAAUUCAUUGACACGUGUUUGGAGUUGGGUGCAACCUUUGGAAUGCAGAGGUGAUGAGAACCGAAUGGAAGAUUGUGCUGAACGUCUGAAUGGCCAACUAUAUGGACAUCGACAUGAGUGUCAUUGGGAUGAUGUGUUUGUAUUUGUCAGUUGCAACAAAAUUCCCGACGAACAAUUGCCAUUCUGGGGAGGAAUUAGAUUCGCUAAUUCUGAUUUCGAAGAAAGCCAAAAUGAUCAUCGGUUACACGAUUCUCACACCCAUAGCAUUGUACAAAAUAAAGAAAGCCGACUAGAGCACGUUCGUAUAGAAAAUGCGGGCAUAUUGCAUAAUCAAAAAUCUGGUGCUAUACAGUCAGUAUUUAAGAACCCCGUUAUAUCAUUCGUAACAAUCGUUAACUCAGCGUAUCAUGGAGUGAACAUAGUAGCCCCCACAAAAACGAUUAAUCUUAAUUUCUUAAAUAUUAGCAACGCAUAUGGAACUGGUAUAAAUAUGCUAUCACUGACAGGCGAAGGUCGAGAAAGCACAGAGUCGAGCUUCGCUCCACUUAAAGAAUUGGACAUACCAUACAAACUCUUUUCAAUGAUAGAUAUAUGCGAUCCGCAGAAAGCACAUAUUGUGGAGGAUCGGGUGCUUCUUUAUUACAAAUAUGACAACAAACCAAUUAAUUGUGUGAAAUUAUUCACUGCUGUCUACAGAGCGAAACCAAUAGGCUUCCGUUUGCUACAAUCAAAUCUAUUUAAUCAUUCGAAACUAUAUGGACGCACAGAUUCAAUUCGCUUAUUUGACGGAGACAUAUAUAACGUUACUUCCCGAUUCCUGGGUAAAAUCGAAUCGGAUAGUAGCAAUCAACGUUCAUUCUUCAAAACAUCUGGGCCCACUUUAAGCGUACAACUGAUGGCAAGUGGUGCACCUGAGUAUCAUGGCUUUUUGGCUGAAAUCGUAACAAUUCCUAUAUCAACAAUUGGUCAAGUUAGAGGUACCCAACACAAUAUCACAUAUUCACAUAUAUCUGGAACAGUUAAAGGCGCAGUCAGCUAUGCCUCAGCAGGUGAAAUAACACCCACAUUGACUUUAACAUCGAACGUAUUAAGAAAUAAUUGCAAAAAGCUAUAUGGGAACUUCUCCACCUGUGAAUCUGCGCUUAACUUCGACGUACAAAACAUGCAUUCAUUGUACUUUAAGAAUAACUUAUUGGUUGGUAAUCAAGGAGGAUUGCGGAUACGUGCUGACUCCAGUGGCUUAGCUACUUCUCUGUGCGGGGUCUUAGAACACAAUCUCUUUCUAAAGAAUUACAAUAGACCUGCGCUCUAUGUCGAAGGACGUCAGUCAUCGCCAUAUCAAGAAAUCCAUCUCUUCCGUAAUUAUUUCGCACAAAACAGAGCUGGUUAUGAGGAUGUCAUACGACUACGACAAGUUGUUUCCAACUUCAGUUAUAAUUAUGUACACAGUAAUAUUGGUUCCAGAAUUGUUGAAAUUUCCGGUUUUGAAAAAGUUAGACUACCAAUAUACCAAACUACUUCGCAUAAUGGAUUCUAUGGAAAUGUUGCUACUGAUUUUAGAGGAAGGUCAACCAUUGUAGCUGGGACUGCAGGCCAACAAUAUAUAGAUAAUAUUUUCGAAAAUCCUGAAAACGACUACGAAAUGAUUACAGUAAAUAACACAAUUUUGAGCUUGGAUAAUAGAAACAGCACCAUUGAGUUACGGCAUUCAAAAAUAGAUGCCAGAUAUAAUUAUUGGGGUUACAACAACACAAUCUCAGUGAAGUCCAGAAUACGCGAUAAGUUCGAUGAUCCUAUUCUAUUGGAGGUGCAGGCAGUUCCCUUCCAAAUGAACAACCAAACAAUAUUGGAUGGAAAGUGUCCGCCUGGCUGGUCACUCGUACAAGACACUUGCUUUAUAUAUAUUGCUGCACCGAUGACUUUUAGGGAAGCUAAAGAAUUCUGUAGGUCUGAGAACUCAUCAAUGCCUUUCAUACGUACAGACAGUGCUACACUCUGGACAUAUUUAAAAGGACAAAUGCAGCAUCUUAAUUAUCCAGAGAAGGUGUGGGUUCAGGAUUUUAACCACAUUGACAGAUGUACAAGUUUUGUUUUUGGAGAAAUAGAGGUGGAGGACUGUAAUAGACAAAUGGGUUUAAUAUGCGAAAUAGACCCGAAGGUUGUGAUCGACCCAUUAUCCUGGCGAGCGGAUGUCUUCGCUAUCAGCAUUAUAUCUGCCUUUAUUCUAGCUAUUAUUUUGCUUAUAAUGGUCGCGUUUUGCUGGUACGCGAAAUCAAAACACAGACAUGUCCAGCGAUUGCAGCGCCGAAACAGUAUACGACAAAGUCUACGUAGCUUGAACAGCAUUGAUCCCCAAGGCUCUCUACGGCGUAGAAAUUUUAGCACAUCCGCUUCCACUGGUACAUUAACCAAGAACAUAGCUCAAGACUACAAAAAAAUGCUGGGAAAUGGCUCAAUUGAUUCAAUGGACAAAAGUGUUUUGAGCUCAGAAGCCAGUUUUGAUCCAUUUGAUAACCAACAUUCAGAAAAACAAAAUGAAUAUCAUAAACCUCAGAAGUACAAUGAAUAUGUCAACCAUAAUGUGUUAAAAUCUGAUGGACAAACAAGCGAACCCUAUAAAAUUGCCACUAUAGGUUCACCAGUCAAAGCAAUGUCUACAAGGGGUAAAGUUAUUGCCGCAGGCUUUUCUUAUGAUCAGCAAAGACCGGAUAUAUAUGAACUUUCAUAUCGUAAUGAGGGUUUCCGAGACAAUUCUACUUUCUCUGGUACAAGGAAUAACUCUAUUAGCGCAAGCAUGACUGAGGAAGCGCCCAUAAUUCAUCAUAUUGAUGAUACAGAAGAUGCAAUUUCUGACUACUAUGGCAACGCCAGCACUCUUCCCCUGCGUGGAGAAGCAAAUGAAAGUUCAUCAUUUCUCUCAGAACUGAAACAAAGUCUUCCCGAUUUUAGAUCAAAACCAAAAGCACUACCUUCUACACAUUAUACUCAGGCUGCAAGUAGCAACCAACCAUCAAAUUCCAACUCAUUAUUCGCAUAUCAUAAUGAUACUCCUUCUAACACGUUGCCCUACGAUCAAAAAAUCGACAACUUUAACUUUUCACCGCUUUCCAAAACAAACGAUGAUGAUCUAUUUCGUAACAACAUAUCGCCACCCACUGAUAUAAGGCGACCGGACUCUUACUACACAGCUGUAAGAAGCAGUAAAGCACAACCACAGUUGCAUGCUCAUAAAUCUGCCCUCACGAAAAUCGAUUCACCACCCAAACGCCCUAAAACUGUUUACCAAACUGCCAAUGAGGGGCCAAGCACAAGCUCGUACCACCGUUCUAAAUCAGAAGCACUUCUGGAGACUGAUUUUGAUGAACCCUCAAAAUUGACACCACUACAAGAAGCGAGCCGCAGCUAUAGCCAACCUCUAGAGACGGCAAUGUAAAUUCGUUUUAUACCCCCCUCGUUAUAAGUUCAUUCCAUUACCACGUAAGGCACAGGCGACUUUCUCAACAAAUAAAAUGGAUUUUUUCUAAAGCAGAUAAUAUACAUAUAUAUGAGAUUUAACCCUUCAGGAACAAAAGCAGCUCGGCUGAUAAAUUUACCAAAUGCAAUUAACCCUUAUUUGAUGUUGAACUUUGGGCUGAAAUUAAAUUAAAUUUAAAAUUUUUUAAGUGA